GGACGGGGAUAGGUAGGCACUACAGGCAGAUAGAACUCAAGAGGACCAUCAAGGACGGAAAGGAAAACUAAAAAACAGAAUUUAAGGUAGAUGAGAAUUUUCAAAAGCACAAUAUGAAGAUAGUCUGGGCAGGAUGUAAUAAUGUAAAGACUUGACUGUACAACUUGUACUUUACAGAAACGCUCAGUCCGAGCACAGAAAAUAAGCAAAACCUAAGCUGUGAUCUUUGGUCCGAGCGCAUUUAAAAGCGUUAUUCUUUUCCGAUUAUGUCAGAGUAAAUGUAAAGGUUGUCCUCUGGCCUUUUCAGGUCGUUGAGGAGUGAGGUGAGAGACUUUACUUUUCUCGAUGCUCAUCUCCUCUCCCUCGUUGCCUUUCUUAGCCCUACCCUCUUUGAAGUCGGGUACCCAUUCCCCACAUAUGGUUCGACUGAGUGAAGGUUGCUGCGCUGCACGGGGAUCGAACUCUUAAGGCUCUCAGUUCGGACGCUCAAUACAUUCGGCUGUCUGCUUCAUGCUAUUCGAGGAUAAAGCCGUUUGCAAAUUUGCCAUUUGGGAAGGUCAUCGGUUGCUAACAACAGCAAGCGACAUGGCGGAUGGCAGGACGCCACCAGUGAUGCGCACUGAAUUUGAAACAUAGUAAACUAUAAGAGCUGCCGACACCUGAAUUCACGUUAAUCCCAGAUUAUCACUGAAUGAUUUCUAUAAAAAGAAAGCUAUCAUGGAUGAACGACACUGGUGGAUCGCUGGCAAGAUCCAAGAAAGUUUUAAGAUCGGCGGGUACGAGAACCCUUCGCUUUUGGAGGAUUUUAUGUGCGAAGAGUCGACCUUAGGCAUAGUAAAUAGAUUCUUGAAGGCUGGGGGACCGUGCCGUCUAUUUUUCUACUGCCAGAAUAGAGAUUCGGGCGUUCUCAGCACAAAUGAACUAUAUGUCACAGGAAAUCUUGCCGCACUCAAAGAUUCAGAUUUAGAAAAGAUCACUGUGUUGUAUUUCUUGAGGAAUCAUGCUGACAAAGAUGUGGAUCCAAAUCACAUGGAACGUAAUAUAUUUUGUGGUGAACUGAAACACAACACUAUCGAGGCUUUAGGUUCCCUGCUAUCAGAUGUUUACAUUCCACUUUUAAGAGCACAGAAGGACUGGGGCCAAUGCAAUGAUGAAGAGCAAAGCCAUCUCAUGCAUUCAAUGGACAAGUUUGUCAUAGCCCUCAAUGAGACAGCAGCAACCAUGAGGCAUUCUCGCCAGUGGAUACUACGUCAGCCUGAGAACAUUACCUUGAAUGACUUCAAACAGCAAAGAGCAGCAUCUCUUGACCCUCGGUUUAUUGGCCAGUAUGAGGAACUUGUCACUGAAUGGAUCAACCCUAUUGAAUCCAUCCUUUUUGACAUGUCUGAUGAGAGAUUCAUGGACCCCAGUGCAGGACCUAUGUCAGAACUUGAACGAUGGAGACGGCGACAACGUCUACUCAUCAGUUUGACAGAGCAGCUGAAGGGAAAAGAGUGCAAAGCUGUCAUUGCCAUUCUCAUACAGGCCAAGUCAAGACUUCUUAAGAAAUGGAAAGCUACUGAUGCUGUGUUGACUGAUGGACUUAAUGAUACUAAGGACAAAGUAAAAUAUCUGGAAUCUCUAAAGCGACACUUUGAUCACCUGUAUAACGAUGCCACACCUUACACCAUCAUCAACACAGCUCUUCCUGGCCUCACAAACUCAAUAAAGCAAAUGGACUCCAUCUCUCGCUAUUAUGCCCGUACUGGUUUCCUUGGUAUUUUUAUGGCAAAGGUCACAAACCAACUUGUCACAGCAUGUAAGGACCACAUUAAGAGUUGUACCAUCAACACGGUGGAAGAAACAGACAAUCUAUGGGACUGUGUGCAGCAAGAAGUUCUGAUGCGUGACCCAACCAAUACUGUUGAUCCCCAGCAGAAGCUGCUGAAGAGUCAGGUGGAGUCUAAAUUAAAGCAUUCAACUCGUGGCAGCAAGGGUCAUGAAGGGAACAACAUUGAUGUUCUGGAGGAUGGUCUUUUAAACCGUCUCCGAGCCUGUUUGACACUCCAGUCCUUCUACAGGGAAGCUUUGCAUUCUCUCAGGGAUUCACUAGGAGGAUCUCAAAACCUCUCUCACUUCUCCUCUGUCAGCAGUUUUUCUCAGACCACUGGUCCAGGCUUAAAAGUUCGGACAACAACUGGGGGUGGUGUCACAUCUCGCUUGCCUGGUGGCACAUUUUCUCCAUCAAAACGGCUCGAGACAUUGGGGCAUGGAGUGCCAAUUACAGAUGAGGAUGCUAUAAUGUCUCAUAUGGAUGUCUUCUGCAGUCGCAUCAGAAAACUUCUGGAGGUCAUCAGUACAAUUGCCCAGUACAAGAAACUGCAGCAAACCGUAACUGGCAUUCCUCGCCCUCGAAAAGAAGAUCUUGUCACAGAUGAUGGCUCUGACCAGGAUGAAUAUGCAAAGUUCAAAAAACAGAAAGAAUCAAAGCCACCAGAUAAUCGUGAUGAUCAUCCUCUUUUCAUGAUCACAUCAAAUGAUAGAUCACUUGGGGCCAUAGCAGAAGAAAACACCAAGGAGAUUGAAAAAGACAUAGAUGAAGACAUGAAAGAUGAUGUAGCAGCAAUGAAUGCCAAACAAAGUGAUGAAGUUUAUGAGGUUACCAACACAAAACAAGGACUCACAGAAGAUGAACUAUCCAUUCUUAGAAAGUACUAUCCAGAAGAUGAAGAAGAAGAGGGUCCAGGAGUGUCUGCAAUUGUGGAAAGUCAUUUGAAAGACAUGGAAGGCUGUAUGAGAGGAAAUGUUUCAACCAAGACAAUGCUGGAUGUAGAGUCAAAGGACAAAAACAGGUUUGACGAACACUAUUCAGCAUUUCAAGGAAAAGCACAGGAGCUUGAAGCUUUCCUAGCUGCAUAUCUUCAUGCAGUAUUUGUGCGAAGAAUGAAAACACAGAUUGCACUGGAUAUCAUUACAAAGUUUGCUCCAGUUCUAAACCGUACUGGUAUCAAAGCCACUGUCACAGAUAAAUAUGUGGAAAUCUUUAACUGGUAUGAGGCUGAUCUUGAAGAGGUGCAGCAAAUCUAUGAAUGUCACAAGGCAAAUCCACAGCUGGUAAGAAAUGCCCCUCCAGUGGCUGGUGCCAUCUACUGGUCACGACAACUUCUGAAGCGUAUAGAGGAACCAAUGAAGCUUUUUCGUGACAUCAAAGCUGUCACACAGCUUGCAGACUUUGGUCGCAUUGUGCGCAUGUACAACCGCCUGGCCACAGCUCUAGUGACAUUUGAGAGCCUUUGGUUCACUCAGUGGAAAAACCAUAUUAGCCAGGCUCAGGCUGGACUUAGAGCCACUCUAUUUGUGCAUCAUCCAAUCACUAGAGAGAUUGUUGUCAAUGCUGAUGAGAGAGUUCUUGAACUGAUACAUGAGGCCAAGUGGCUGACACGGCUAGAUAUAGCGAUUCCUGAAUCAGCACAAUCAGUGCUUGAACAAGAAGCUCGCUUCAAAAAGUACCGUGCUCAUCUUGAACUGGUGCUGUCAGAAUACAGUCUGGUGUGUCAGCAGGUUCCACAUCACUUGAAGCCACUCUUUCAGCCACACAUCAACAAUGUUCAUCAGCAACUGCAACCUGGCCUUAGCACUCUUGCCUGGAACAGCAUGAACAUUGAUGCCUUCUUGCACCAGAUCCAUUCAGCCACAGACAAACUUAAGAAAAUGGGUCAACAGGCCACUCACAUAAUGGAUACACAGGUGUUGGAAAUGAUCUCUAAGAUAUCUUCAUUCUACCUUUAUGACCUCAACACAGCCUUCUCCAAAACAUGGCUGGCACAAGAGUUCUGGGAAGUAAUGUGUGCAAGCAUUCAAGAGCAUUCUCAACAACUGAAAGCCUACAUCAGCACUGUCGUUGAAGCACUUCAAAGGGUUGCUAAUCUCCUGAGUGUCAAAAAGGACUACACUAUUUUGCUUCGAAGCAUGAUUAAUGCUAAAUCAACCAUCUUGACCAAGCUUCGGCAGUCAAAAACAAAAGCUGACACAGGCAAGAGUUUGAAGGACAAAAAGAUGGCAGCCAUCCUUGAUAAUGACGAGAAAGAACAUGAACGACAGCUAGCAGAAAGAGAAGAAGAACUUGUCAUGGAUCUUAUCAGUCAUUAUAAGGAUAAGAUCUAUGAGGCUUUACUGAGCUGCACAACACGGUCAUUAGCAGCACUGUCAGAGGCAACUGGAUGCACAGGGGAGAUUGUUCGGACGCUGUCCCCACUAUCAUCGCAUGGGGAUCAUAGUCCGCUUUAUGGUGACCAUGGUUCAGACAGUGAGGACAGGAGCUCAUCCCCUCAAGAUGAAAGCCAUCUGAACUCAGCACAUAGCCGCUUGACCUCAGCUCAAUCAGAUCGUGCUGCUAGCAAUGUCUCCAACCUUUCUGAUAUGACCUGGUCACUGGAACACAAGCCAAUGGAGCCAACAUAUCUUCAGUUUGAGGUUCAAAUCAAGUUCAGCAUCCCCAACAUUAUUGUGGAACCUACUCUGGAUUUAGUUCAGAAUGUCAUCACAAAUGUAUCCAAUGCCAUUCUUGAAUCUGUCAGCGACAUUGCAUGGCUGAGUAAAGAAGGAGAGGAAUCUUUAUACAUUCAGCUUGCUGGUGAUGGUAGCAUUCAAGAACUUCAGUUUCAGCUGUCCAAUGCCAUAAAUGAACUAAGUGGAUAUGUGAACCGCCAUCUGUUCCAUUUAAGCUACUAUAACUUCCUGUGGAAGGACGACAUGCAUGGCAACUUCAAAGAGUUCAUUAUGGCAGAUCCAGGGGCUCUUGCCAUUAAGAGAGAAGUGGAACGAUACUUGUACAUUGAAAAGAAGAUUCUUGGCAUCCCAAGCAAUCUGCCAGUUGGCCCAGUUUGUCUCUACUCAGAUCCCAUUAAGGAUGCUCUCCAUGGCUUUGCAAUGACAUGGAAAACCACUUUUGCUUCUGUCUUACAUGAGGAGGCAAAGAAAAAGCUUGAUGCUGCUGUUGCCUACCGAACAAAUGUGAAAGGUCGUCUGGAGCAACAUGUACAGACUUUAGAUCAGCUGAACAGUGCUCUGCAUCUUCUGGAAGAACUGCAGGACAUGGAAAACAAAAUUGAUGGUGUUUAUCUACCCAUCGAGACUAUGUAUGCCAAGCUGAGGGAGUUUGAACUUCGCCUUCCCCGACAGGAAGUAGAGCUUGUGGACCAGCUCAGGGAACAGUGGAUGGAAUUGUUGGAGUUGGCAGAACAGGUUCGAGUCAUUCUACUCAAGGAACGUCGAGGAGCCUUUGAACAAGAACUGGACAAGCAAGUCAAGACAUUUGUGGUGGAAGUGAUACAGUUCCGCAAUGCCUUUGAUGCCCAAGGCCCAUCUGUGCCCGGUAUCCAGCCAUCAGAAGCUGUAUCAAGACUGCAGGACUUUCAGCUGCGUUACCAAAUCUAUGAUGCCAAGAGGAAGACUUUGGACUCUGUUUCAAAGCUCUUUGGUAUUUCUGGCAAGCCUUUUCCAGAGCUAGAAAGAACAGGGGAGGAACUGGAUCUACUGAGCCAGCUGUAUGGUCUGUUCCAAAAAUUUAUUCGGUUUGACUCUCGCUUCCGAGAUACCUUGUGGGCAGAGGUUGAUCUUGGUGGAUCUUCAAGUGAGGUGGAGUCAUACUGGGAUGAGUGUCUGGCAUUACCUAGCAAACUCAAAGACUGGGAUGCUUAUACUGAUCUGAAGACUAAACUUCAAACUUAUCUGGAAGUCUUUCCUCUUCUCCAGAGCCUAGCAUCAAAGGGGAAACACAAUAAAUUUAACCUUCCUGAGAUCAGAAACCGCCACUGGCUUCAGGUUAUGCAGGUGACAAACAGCUCCUUCCAGCUAGAAGCCAAUGUGUUCAAACUGUGUCAUCUUCUUGACAUUGGACUCAUCAAACACAAGACAGAAGUAGAAGAAAUUUGUCUUGGAGCUAGCCAGGAGCUGGAGUUAGAGACAAAAAUGCGUAUGACAGAGGAGGAAUGGACAGAACAGGUGCUUAAUUUUGAGCACUACAAGCGUCGUGGACCAAUGUACCUGGACAAAGCCUUCACACAGCGUCUGCUGGAACAGUUGGAAGAUGCUGAGGCGCUUCUGGCAACAAUGCUGACCUCAAAAUAUAUUGGCCCAUUGCGAGAUGAAACAGCAACAUGGGCAGAGAAACUGAAGGAGGUGGCAGAGGUGCUGGAACUAUGGCUGGAAGUGCAAGAUCUAUGGCAGUACCUAGAGGCUGUCUUCAGCAACUCUAUAGCCGUCAGGGAGCUGCCACAAGAAGCAAAACGGUUUGCCCGCAUCGAUAAAGGCUGGACUAAGAUGAUGAAAAGAGCAUUUGACACACGAAAUGUACUUCAGUGCUGCCAUGGCGGAGAAGUUCCAAAAGCAGUGGUGCUCAGGCACAUCCAGGAAGAGCUUGAAAUCUGCUUCAAGUCCCUUGUGGGUUACCUUGACAACAAACGCCGUUCUUUCCCAAGAUUUUACUUUGUAUCUGAUCCAGUUUUGCUGGCGCUUCUGUCUCAUCCCAAUGACCUUGAAUCAGUGCGACCAUACCUUCGGUCUCUCUUCAUGCAAAUACAUGAUGUGAAAUUGGAAAAAAAACAUGAUUCUGGACUGGACGACAGUGGAAGUGAUGACAUUCGAGAUGGGCAUCAAGGUCGCUCCUCACGAACACCAGGGCUUUCACCACAUGACCGAGGCCGUGCCCCAUCUCAGAUGUCUUCACUCCAACCUCGUUCUACAACCCCACCCAUAAUUGACAAACGAUUGCAUCAGCACUUUAAAAUCAAUCCAAGUGUUCUGCAACAUGCACCUUCAAUGCUACCCUCUGAAGGACUAGUGGAUGACAUCACAGAAAUGGAUGCCACUGCUGUUUUGAGUGCAGAUGGUGAAGUGCUCCCUUUGGCAGAAAAAGUGAAUCUUGUGGAUGGAGUGGAAGUAUGGCUGGGAAAACUCAGAGACUCAGUGGGCCAAACCCUUCAAGAGAUGAACUUAAGUGUUGUCAAUGACUGCAACAGUGGAAUUGUCAUGGAUGAAUGGGCCUACAAAUAUCCUUCACAAGUCUGUCGUCUUGGGAUGUUAUAUCACUGGACUGGAGAAUGUGAGACUAGCAUUGCAGAAAUCAAAUAUGACCGCAAGGCUCUUCAAGCACUUCUGAAAAAGUACCAGAACACAACUAGUCGAUUGUCAACCAUUUUUGUCCGUGGAGCUUGGAGAACAUUUGAUGAGCCAAUGUUGCCAGUGCACAAAGUUCGUCUAGACUGCAUGAUUACUCAAUCCAUGUAUCUGAGGGAUGUUUUGGAAAACAUUUCCACCCGCAAACUGCGAGAGACAACAGACUUUGAAUGGAGGCGUAGUAUACGCUGCUACAUGCAUCCACCUGCAGAGGAAAAGUGUCAAGAACCAAUGCUGUGGAUUCUUGACACGCCAUACCAAUAUGGCUGGGAGUUUUAUGGAGCAGACUGUGGUGCAGCUCUCACCCCUAUCACAGAACGCUGUUUUUUGAGUAUGUCAAUGGCACUGUCUCGCUGUCUUGGGGUGCGCAUUACCGGGCCUGUUGGUGUUGGCAAGACCGAGACCAUAAAAGGAUUGGCCAACAUUCUUGGCAACUUCGUAGGGGUGUUUCAGUGUUCUUCAGUGUUCAAUCCCAUCAACAUUGGUAAAAUAUCUCAAGGAAUAGCUAUGGAUGGCUGCUGGGGUUGUUUUGAUGAGGGACAGAUGCUCAGUAAGGAUGCUUUGGCAGUCCUUAUGGACCAUAUACAAGCCAUCAUCUCAGCCAUGCGUGCCAAACAAAACUUCAUGUAUCUUGUUGAUGGUGCUGAGAUACCCAUCAAGAAAAAUGUGGGUCUGUUCAUGACAUCAAAUCCAACUCACAGUCUGCCCGAAGCAGGUGUUCCUCAUGAUAUUGUUGGGUCCUUCAGAACUGUCUCACUUGUCAAACCAGAUAUAGGGCAGAUACUGAAAGCCAAGUGCUCUGCCCUUGGGUUCCGUGCACCCAACAUUCUGGCUCUCCGACUGAAAGUGAUGUCAGAACUUGUUAAGGAUCAGCUGCCACAAGACUACCAGCACUUCUUCUCGGCUUGGGUUCUUGGAAGCGUCUUGAAAAGAGCCAGUCAAAAACGUCGCAGUCUGAGAGAUGACAGGCUCUCAGACAGAGAAAAAAGAGAUGACCCCUCUCGUUGUGAUAGUGCUAAUUCAGAGGUGCCUCCAACACGACUCACAACACAUGGUUCUUCUCUAGGAGUUGGCUCAAAACAACCGGGACAGAUGAAUAUGCGCAAAGGUGGGACACCAAACCCUAUGACAGCCGCUGGAAAGCUUGAGCAUGCCAUUGUCUUUCAGACCAUUGAAGAGAUGAUAAGUCCACGUCUUUCUGGAGAGGAUCUUUCAAUCUUCCGAACCAUUGUGAAAGACUGCUUUGUAGGCUUGCCAGAUCCUCCAACCACAGUGUCCUCUGCCAAAUCUCGAACCAUUGACAUAGAAUCAGCCAUUGAAAGCAAAGCACAGAGCUUGGGACACAUUGCACACAAACCGUGGAUCGCUAAGUGCAUGCAGCUGUACAAUCUUUCCCAAGUGCACCAUGGUAUCAUUGUUGCUGGUAAGUCAGGCACUGGAAAAUCAACCUGCAUUGAGACUGUUGUGGAGGCUCUUUGUGUACAAGCUAGGGGAAUGUCUCGGCAGUCUCAUGCCAGUAAAUCUUCAGUAGCAUCAGAGAACAUGCAUAAGCUACAGCGAAUUUAUCCACUAAUGGUCGAUGACCUUUCCCUCAUGUUUGGCUCCCUCAGUCAUGGAGACUGGGUUGAUGGGAUUGUCACAUCUGCCAUUCGAAAGGCGAAUAGGAAUCAGAGUACAACCUGGCUUUGCCUUGAUGGUCAACUGACACCAGCUUGGGUGGACAAUUUUAACAGCAUUCUUUCUUCAGAAAAGGUUCUUCAUCAGCUAAAUGGAGACAAGCUGUUCCUGUCAGACAAUGUCAUUGUUCUCUUUGAAACAGACAGCCUGACCAAUGCCUCUCCUUCAGCUGUUGCUCGAUCAGGCAUCCUGUUCAUGGAUCAGGACACUAUCGGGUGGAAGCCAAUGGCUGAAGCUUGGCUUGAAAGCCGUACUCACCAGGAAGUCCACUGGGACAUGGACCCUAUGGACAAGAGCUUAGAAGGGGUACUGCAAAGAGCUUUCCAAAAAACACUGGAUCCUAUCACCAACUUUGUACUGCAUGAAGCAAAACCACGUUUGCGACUGAGUGAAGUAGGUAUGUUCCGUACAUGCCUUGGACUUUUGUCGGCCAUGUUGGCAGACAACAUUGAGAUUGGAGGAGAGCUGCAUAUUGAGAGAUUGUAUCUAUUCUGCCUCAUCUGGACAUACGGUGGUCUAUUAGAUGCUGCAGACCGCAAGGCCUUCUCUGACCUUCUUACAACUUUGUCAACAGCAUUGCCAGAUGAUGACCGAGACAUUUGUGUGUUUGACUAUUAUGUGGAUGAGUCUGGUGAAUGGGACCCAUGGCACUCCAGGGUGCCAGAAACAGUAUUUACAGACAACCAGGACUUACUUGGAGAGGUCUUCAUUGACACCGUUGACACAAUUCGAACACAUAUCCUGAUGGAAUUUGCUGCAGCAUCUGGGCAAAAUGUGUUGUUGGUGGGUCCACGUGGAGCAGGAAAGACAGCACUCAUCGACACCAUCAUCAAUGCACAGGAUCCACAAACAUCUGUUUGCAAGCGGUUAGUCUUCUCAGGAGCAUCCACAGCCACACAGUUGCAUCAGUUUGUGGAGUCAAACAUCUUUCAUAGACAAGGUUUUGUUUAUGGUGCCAAGGAGAAUAAGAAGUUAAAGGUUUUCAUUGAUGAUAUAAAUUUACCUUCUGCCCAGCAGGAUGGAGUCCAGCGGUGUAAUGAACUUCUCAGACAGCUGCUGGACAAUAAAGUGCUGUGCACGCUCCAGAAACCAUUUGAGCUGCAAAUUGUCGAAGGCCUAACUGUCUUCUCUGCUAUGGCACUUGCAGAUCAUCCAUCAGUUUCUAAUCGUGUUUUGACAGAGCGCCUACGGCGCCACUUUGCUGUGUUCAGUCUACCUGCUGCUCAGGGUGAACCUCUCAAGUCUGUUGUGCAUGGUAUUCUUGAGGCAAAUAUGACACAGCAUGAAUCACCUGGACUUGACCUUGAUCUUCACAAUGCCCUGGUUAGAAUGUCAUGUGACAUGCUGUUGGCUGUACAGAGUGUUCUUAAACCAACUCCAGUAUCAGGACGACAUCACUACUUGUUCACACUGAAAGACAUCAGCAAGUGUUUCCAGUGCUUGAAGCGCCUGCCAGAUGAAAGCAAAGCAGAUGAAACAAUGGUGAUUUCUUUGUGGCGACAUGAGAUCAUGCGCAUCAUGCGUGACAGAAUCAGUCGCUCUACAGAUCUGCUGUGGUUUGAUGACAAGCUUCACCAGGUUUUCUCACAGCAUUGGUCUAAGCUGGAAGAAAAAUUUGCAGAGUAUUUUGUCACCUUUCCCACAGAUGCUCGCAUAUAUCAACGGCCUCUUACCACACAUGGUACCAAGCAGGUCAAGGUAAUGCUACAGCCAGUUGAAAAUCUUGGAGACUUGCACACCUGUCUAAACACCCACCUGACCCGCUACAAUGAGGAAUUUGGCAAUGUGAGAUUGGAUAUCAUGCUUUCUGACUUCACCAUUGCACAUGUAGUCAGGAUGCAUCGUAUCCUCAGUUUCCACCAUGGAGGAAACAUGCUGCUGAUUGGAGCAGUAGGGUCUCACCUGUCUCGGCUUUGCCGCCUUGCAUUGCAUGUGGCAGACAUUCCUAUUCACAAGAUAGACACCAGCAAGCAAAGCAAUUUCUUUGAUGGCCUGCGUUCAGCUAUUCGACUGAGUGGCUCAGAGGGCAAGAUCAUUACUCUCCUCUGCACGGCUCGUGAUCUUAAUGAUCCAGUGUACCUGGAUGCCAUUAACAGCCUGCUAAUCAGUGGGGAAUAUCCACAUCUAUUCUCAAAUGAUGAGAUUGAUGGUUUGCUUCAGGCAAUCCACCCUGCCAUGAAGCGAGAGUUCCCCAGCUCUUCCAUUGACCCCAUGAAGUUCUUUGUGUCCCGCGUGAAGAGCAAUCUGCACAUUAUUGUUUGUCUCCAGCCUUCUCAUCCUCUCCUUAAAAGUGCUUACAACAUGUACCCAGGCUUACUGAGUGGCUGCCAGAUGAACUGGUUUUGUGACUGGCCACAGGAGGCAUUGAUGGGUGAAGCAUCAUACUUUAUUGCCAAGCAUCAGCUGACUCAGGAGUUUGAGAAUCUCAGGGACAGCAUCACUACUUGUUUGGCCAACAUCCACAGUUUUAUGCUGCGUGACUGUAAGCAGCUUCCAUGGGCUGGAGACUUAAGUCCCGAGAUCACUCUGUCAACAGUUAAAGUUCAUGACAGGAAGAAAGACCAGGUGAAGGUUCAGACUUCCAAGGUGCCAAACCUGCCUUACUCCAAGACCAUCUUGCAUGAACGCAUCAAGCAGCGGCACAGGAACACCAAAAUUCUGGCAAGUAAUGAAGUUUACGUGGGCCCAAACACAUACCGGCGCUUCAUGGACUGCUUUAAGUAUCUUUAUGUCACAAAGUCUCAGCAGCGUACAGAAUCUGUGGAACAGCUUAAAAAAGUACUGACUACACUUGACAAGACACGAGCUGAUGCUAAAGUAAUGAAGAAGGCUAUCAAGACCAUAACAGGGAAUUUUGAAGAAGCCGCAGCCAGGACAGCUGAUUUACUCCAGCGGUUGACUAACAAGGCCACAGUUCUGGAGAAACUGAAGGCCAAGGUCGGCUUGAGCAAAUCACUUGAUGCUUACCUGCACUUGACUGAGUUUGAGGUUGAAGAGGUGGAGGAGGAUGAACUCCUUAAGGCAGAGGAGUAUGAUGAUUAUGACAAAGAAUUUGACAAGAUGAGGGAGGCCACUCUAAAAACCAGACAAGUGCAGGCUAAGGAAGAGUAUGCUGAUGCUCAGAAGAGAGUGGACGAGUGCAGACAGCAACUGGAGUAUGCACGCAGCCAGGUGUAUGUGUGGAAGAGUAAAGUGGACAGACAAUGCAUUGAGAGGUUGAAAGCCUUCCAGACUCCUCCUGUGCUGGUGGGUCAAGUGAUGGAGAUGGUGAUGAUUCUGAUUGGGAAAAGACUGCCAUCUCAGCGCAUCCAGGAAGUGCGGGAGAAUCCUGGGAAAGAAGAUCUGUCAUCACGCAUGUCAUCAAGUUCAUCAUCCACAAAAAUAUUAGUCAAGAAAACCAAACCAACAAAGGAUGGUGACCGUUUUGACCGUAGCCAGUGGAAGAGCAUGCAGCUGACCAUGAACGAUUCACUCAAGUUUGUGGACAUGCUACACAAUGUUUCCUGGGAAGAUGGUCUUCCCCAUGAUGUUUUGCAGGCUGUUGAAAGUUACCUGGCCAUCAGCCCAGAUGGACAGCUUGGUGUAACUGGGGAAGGCUCUAUGCUGGAGAAUGCCUCAGAUAAGACCUUUCAGGCAACCAAGCAGUCCAUCCAGGUAGCACAAGGUCGCCCAAGUGGCAUCACCAUCUCAGCAGCAAAAUACUCCAGUGAGGACUGUGCUACCCUGGUACAGUACACUAUUGCAAUUGUGGAGUACACCCGCCGCUGCCUUCCUUUGAAAACUGCCACUGAACGCAUGAAUGAAUUAGAACGUGAGAUUGAGGAAAAUGAGAGACAGCAGAAGCAAGCAGAACAAGAGGCAUUAUUGAGAGAAAAAUUAAAGAAGCGCAGUCACUCAAAGAAUAAAAAGCCAAAGAAAGAAGAGAAGAAGGAGGAAGAAGAAAUGGAAGAAGAACUAAGUGAAGUGGAUCUACCACGAAUCCAAGAGGAGGUAAAUCAGCUACAACAAGAAUUUGACCAGUCUGUGGUUGAGAAACAUUCCCUCCAAAUGGAGCUGCAGUCCAUGAAUGAGCGACUCAAGGCAGCCUCAGAACUGGUUGAUAGUCUGAAGGACCAGGAGGCAGGCUGGCGACAACAGGCAAAGGACAAUGGUUCCAAUGAACUGCUGUUGGCCAAUUGUCUAGCAGCAGCUGGAUUUUUGACAUACUGUGGAGCUGUCAACAUUGACACAAGGUUGCGGAUAGGAGAGUUUUUUAUGCAAGUGUGUGAACACCAUGGCCUACCUCUGCACAAAAAAUUGCUUUUCCGCAAUAUGGAACUUUUUGAGUUUCUCUACACCCCACUCAAUGUCAUGAAGCUGCAGAUGAUUCGUCUGCCUACCACAAAAUUGAUGCUUGAAAAUUCAUGUUUUCUCAUGCAAGAAGAAAGCACAACUGCAUGGCCUUUAAUUUGUGAUCCCACCUCUCGAGUUCUCACCUGGCUGAGAGGGCUUUAUAAAGAGAGAGAACUUGUAGAAGUCAAAUACCAUGAGAUACGGUCACAACUGGAGAACUGUCUUGCUGAUGGCAUUCCUCUGCUAGUCACAGACUGUGACGUCAACCAACUGGUUUCAGACUUGCGUUUUGUUGAUGUGAUACAAAGUUGUGUUUGCUUCAUCAAGGGCAAAUGCAGGUUUAAGGUUAUUGUAACAGACCAUGAAGUGGAAUGUGACCCCAAGUUUCGACUGUUUCUACACACAACUAGUGAACCACAGACUGUCCCACAUCAACUUGCAGCUUACACUAGCACUCUGUUUUACCAGCAGAGCCGGCAGUGCAUUGAAGAAGAGCUUCUAGACACCUUCAUGGUUCAGGAGAAGGCUCGUCUAGAAAAUGAGAGUUCUGCUCUGAGACAGGAAAAGGAGGAGAACAUGUUGAUGUCAGAACGCUUGGAAAGACAUAUGCGUGACAAACUAUCCAGUGAUGUGCGGCUCAUGAAUGACUUGCAGGCCACCAGACGCCUGGCUGAACUCAAGAAACAAUAUGAUGAAACUCAAGAGAAUUUGGCUAGAAUUGCCACUGGGGAGAACUCAAUAUUCAAAGCACGUGAAGGAUUCAGAGUAAUUGCCCAGAGAGCAGCGAUUUGCUUUGACACAACACAAUACAUGCGUGAAAUCAAUCCUUUGUACCAGACAUCAUUCAACCAGUUUGAAGAAUUGUUUAAAGCAGCAAUUAGUCAUUCUGAUCGCUUGGCAGUGAAAGCUCUCAUUGAUAAGUUAACCUUCAGUGCUUACACGACAACAGCUCGGAGCCUACUAGAGCGUGACAGACUGCUGUAUUCAUUGCUGCUUGCUAUUGAGGUGGAAGACAGCCUAAACAAUCUGGGGCCAGGUGAGCGAGAUUUUUUGGUUUCUCCAAACUACAGCUCUGUGGUCAUGUCUUCCCUUGGCUCCAUACAACCUCCUGAUUCCAGAAUAGUCCAAGCAAAGAAGCCUUUUGACUGGAUGACAGAGGAUCAGUUUCAUAAUCUGCAGGUGCUAGCCACUCACUUUGAAUGGUUCCAAGAAAUGUUUGAUCGCAUGCCCAAAGAUGGUCGUGAGACUCAGUGGCGCAAUCUUUGUGAGAGUGACUCACCAGAGCUGCAAUCAUUACCAGAUAAGAUGGAUGAGGUAUACAAGCCCAUGCAGCGUCUCUGUGUUGUAAGGGCAGUUCGCAGUGAUCGGCUGAUUCAGGCCUCAUGUAUCUUUAUAGGCAGCGUCCUUGGCAAAAAAUAUAUUGGAGAUGUUGCACCAGAUUUCCCAACUCUGUUGCGACAAAGUUCUCCAACCAUACCUAUCAUCCUGUUGUCUGACAAUGAAUUGGACACAGCUGUCAGAUUGUUUACAGAUUUUGCUAAUCGUAAACAGAAUCGCCACACUGAAAUUUUCCUGACAGACAACAGCAUCAUACUUGAAAGAGUGGUGCGCAAGCAAAUUCAAAAAGGCAUGGCAGAGGGUCAAUGGGUGUUCCUACACAAUGCUCAUAACUGCCCACAUCUUCUGAAUUCUGUGGAAACACUUCUGGCUGAGAGUCUUCCUGCCUCCUCUCAGACAGAUCAGACUUUCCGCUUAUGGAUCACCAUGAAGGCCUUGGCAGAUGGGAUUCCAGUGCGCUUGUUGCAGAACUCCAUCAAAGCUGUCAUAAGCUUACCUAAAGUGAUGAAGGACAGUUUAUGUCGCUCCAUGUCAUGGAUGGAACCAGAUAUUUUGAAGCAAUCCAACCGUGCAGAGUGGCCAGUCAUGCUACACAACUUGUGCUAUCUUCAUGCAGCAAUCAGGCUUCGUGCUCGCUUUGGCCAGGGUGGCUGGAAUUGUCCUGCAGACUUUGCAAACAUAAGUUUCAGGGAGUUACAGGAAUCAGUUAAUUUUACUGUUGGGGAGUUCAAAGAUCCAUUGUUUGUGACUGGGGCAGAUGGAACACAGGUGCCUCGUGUCACUUCCUGGACAGGCAUAAGAUACAUACUGGCAGAGGUUGUAUACGGCAGCCACAUCACCGAUCCUGUAGAUCAGCAAAGUCUCAGUGCUAUGGUCGACUACUGGGUGUCCCCUACAGCCAUAAAGAAAGAGUUUGAGGUGGCCCGAUUAAAAUAUCGUCAUCCUACAACAUUCUUCAACCCCAAUGUGCGACUGAAUACCCUGAUCCAAGCUCUUGAUGGAAUUGGCAACCUCUUCCUUGAUGUUCCAGAAGGAUGUCACUUGCAUCCUAAUGUUGAGACUCUUCUUGGAGAUGACCAAUACAUCUUUACAAGGCUGAACAGGAUAUUUGAUGUUAUGCCAUCAACCCCAACACUUUCGCAUAAGCUGUUCCCACGACCUCCAACUCCAUUUAUUGGACCGCCACUGGCUGGUAUCAGCUAUCAAAGCAACAACCCAUCAGUGGUUGAACAAGGGCUCUUCAGUACAGCAAGUUAUGCUACAUACAAAAUGCGCAAAGAUGUGGAACUAUGGGAGAUCUGUUACAAUAUGCUGCAGCGUGUACCAAAGUCUUACAACAAGGAGUACAUCGUGGAAAGGGUAAAGAAAAUUGGAGGCUUCACCACAUUCAACAACUUUAUCAUGAAGGAACUGGAGACAAUGUACAAACUUCUUAGUGAGAUUCGAUCCUCUCUCCAGGCAAUCAAAGUGGCCACAGAGUCCAAUGCACUGGGAGAUCAAAUGUCAGAUCAUACCUUGUCAGUGGCAGAUGACCUUUUCCACUUGCGUAUUCCUCAGCUCUGGUGUGACAUGUCUGGCUUUUCUGCCCCACCACUUACCUGGGGGCUGGGUCAGUGGCUCGCAGAACUGCAGAGUCGUUGUCAUCACUUUGAACGAAUUCUGUCUCUUGGCCGAGAGAGAAUGCCUUUUUACUGGCUGGGUGCUUUUUUCAACCCUCGUGGUUUGCUGGCACUAAUUAAACAGGAGAGUAUCCGAAAUUUUGCUGGCGACCGGUCAGGCUAUUUUGAGCAGUUUGUCUUUCAGACUGAAGUGACAGCUCGAGACAAGGAUCAUCUUCGCGAUCCACCUCAGGAAGGGAUGUUUGUGCAUGGAAUCUACAUCUGGGGAUGUACCUGGGAGAAGACAACAGGUGAAUUACAGGACUCACCUCCUCGUACCAGCUGUGCAGCAUUACCAGUUGUGCAUCUUACAUGCUGGCCAGCUGGUGAAAAACCCAUAGUGCAGGACUCAACACGAGCAACGGAGACUUAUCAAUGCCCAGUCUAUCACUCACGGAUUGCUCCCCGUGAAGUCGUCAUGGAAAUGGAUGUCAGAAGGGAUGGCAUUCCUGCUACUCGUUGGGCUCUACGUGGUCUUUCAGCUACUAUCAGACCCUAUUAAAUGAUGCAAACCCACAAUCAAUUAUUUGAAGCAUUAUCCCAAAUGGACAAUGUUCUUUGUUAAUUUCCAAACUUCAAUCCUUUAAAAAGAAAAUCCCUUCCUCAAAACUCCUUGCCCUGUCUUACACAAGCAAGGUGAAUUCUUCCUCUGUAAGAACACAGCAUUAUGUGAAGCAGUUCCUAUUUAAAUUGUAUUUUUACACUCAGUUGUGUGUUCAUGUGAAAGAGAAUGCAUCAUGACUGCAUAAAAUGUGUUAACUGAAACAUUUUGACAAAGUAAAUAAGUGUAUGUUAAGAUUCUGUUGACCAAAUCAGCAUAUCAAGACUGAACUAUGAUGCAAGAAAAAGUCUGUUAUUUAUUUUAAAAACAAUUUUUCUCAGACUUUAUUAAAGGCAAGCAUUAUUUAUUGAAAACAAAAGUAUUUUUAUGGAAUUAUGUUACUUCAAGUUUACAACUAUAAAUUACAUAUACACUCAUAGAUAUGUAUUGCUCUUUAAGUGAAAUUUUCAGCAUUUUUAUUUUUAUGACUAACUUUCAUACCAUGUUCAUGAACUGUUUGCAACUUAUUUUUGAAAAAUGUUGAGAAGUGAAUUUUUUUUAAUGUUUCUUGUGCUUUGAAAUUUAAAAAAUGUUGUGUGAAUAUUAUACCAAUAAAGUUGACGACAAUAUAGUACAACAAUUUAUAAUAUUGUAUUCAGCAAUCUGGACAGAUAACUCAACAUGCAAUAAUAAAUGUUUAUAUUCUUCUGUUUGCAUUCAGUAAAGCUGGUAUCAGACUGAAAAAGUAUUAAAACAAUAUGCUAUGUUA